AUCGUUAAAUAAUUGUUCAUUUGUGAUAGCUACUACAUUAUCACGAGAGCGUGAUGAAAUAAACUCAAGUGAAAUGUAAUCAGUGUUGUCGAUUCGAUCGACCGAAACAGUUAUAAAUAAUUGUGCAAAUAUUUUUAAUUGCGUUCGGUUAUAAGUGAAAAUGGCGGGAAAGUUUGACGUUUAUAUUUUUUUAAAUUUAUUUUUAAUAGUUACUGGACAUGAACUUAAACAAGUUUGCAUAUUAAGUAGGCAUAAUAUUCGUACACCGUUGACAGAUAACUUGGAACAUUUAUCGCCGAAUGUUUGGCCAACUUGGAGUCAAGAGCCGGGUAUGUUGACAGCGAAAGGGGCAAGAUUAGAAGAAUACAUGGGUGUUUAUAUCGUGAAGUGGCUUCAAAAGGAAAAGUUGUUUAGUGAAAGUUGUCCGGAUAAGGAGUCCAUUCUCAUUUAUGCAAAUACGAGACAAAGGACACGUCAAUCUGCAAAGGCAUUUGUACGAGGUGCGUUUAGUUCUUGCAAUGUUAAUGUUCACAGCAUUAACUCUGAAGAAAUGGAUCCAUUAUUUAACCCAAUCUUAAGAAAUACUUCAGAUGUUUUAAAGAACGUUAUAAUUGCGGAAAUGCAGCAAAAAUUAAACGAACUUCAACUUAAAGGAUCAUACGAAGACUUAGAAGGAAUUAUUGAUUUAAAAAAUUCACAAGCUUGUAAAAUUAAUAAUGUUUGUAGCUUUGUUGACACUAAAGAUGUUAUUUAUUAUGAAAUUGGACAUGAGCCUAACAUCAUAGGUCCAUUGGCCUAUGGAAAUUCGAUUUUAGAUUCAUUUUUAAUGAGCUAUUAUGAAGGAAUGCCGUUAGAAAAAGUAGCUUGGGGCAAAAUCGACAGCUCUGACAAAUGGAAAUCUCUCGCAGAAAUAACAAAAGCGAACCAAAACGUUCGCUUCAAUAGUACGAUUUUAGCCAAAGAACUAGCAAAACCUUUAACAGAUUACAUGAAAGCUUUAUUUGAAAAUAGAAACGCGCCAAAAUUCACUCUAUUACACGGACAUGAUUCGAAUUUGAAUUCAGUAAUGGCGGCCAUUGGUUUUAAGCAUUAUGUGUUGCCAGAACAAUAUGAAACUACCCCAUUAGGCGGAAAAUUGGUGUUUCAAAAAUGGCACAACAAAGAAUUUAAUUUAGAUUUGUUGAAAGUAAAUUAUGUUUAUCAAACUGUUGAACAAUUGCGAAAAGGUACAAAACUAUCGAAUGAAAACCCGCCUCGUUGGGUAGAAAUGGAAAUUGCAGGAUGUCCAAAAGACCAACAAGGAUAUUGUCUCUGGGACGAUUUUAUGAAAAUAUUAAAAGAUAUUUAAUGUAAUAGUAGUAUGUUAUAAUAUUACACAUACUUUACAUAGCUACUGAGAAAUAAUAAUGAUAACAAAAAACAAACGAUUUAAGGUGCCUGCUCAUUAUUUUACUAUUUAAUUUAAAUAAUAAUAAAGAUAUCCAUCUUGACGUGUCCGUCAAUGGCGAAUUUCGCUAGCAUGUUGCGAGCGAAGGAGGCUUGAAAAGAAAAAUAUAUAAUAUAAGUUAGUUAAGCUAUAUGUAUAAUGUAAUAUAUAAGAGAGUGUAUAUAAAUAAUAACAUAUCUCUUGUUCUGGUUUAAAAAUUUACCAAAUUGUUUUAAAUCUCUUCACAGCCUCAAUGUAUUUUUAAAUGGUUAUCAAUCCUAUGAUAUGUAUGUACCUUUAUAUACGUAUCUUUAAUUUUGUUACAAAUUCAAUUGUCACUGUUUCCAUCGAUAUUAUUGUGGUUUUACAUCAUAUUGUAAGUAUAUUAUGACGCUAUAAUAAACUACUUAUUUUCUAUAUAUAAAUCCGUAUUGUGUCUCUUGCCUCGCGAUAGCAAAAAGUUUGGUUUUAAAGAAUAGAUAUAACUUUGGUGUUUGGUAUACUAAAGUAGAAUUCGUCAUACAAAAUCGUCUUUAAAAAUAAUCAAAACAUAAGUAUCGAAAAGUAUCAUUUUCUAUU